AUGUCUACCACAACAUCCCGAGCCGUUUGGCGACAAUCGCGAUGUCUGAUCCGAAGACCCGCCUUCAGAUCUGCGUCAACAACUGCCGAGGCUGCUUCCAAAUCCAAAGUCGCCGCAACUUCCGCUGCAUCAAAAGCUUCUGAGGGGAUUUCUAAGGCUGCUUCGACCGCUGGCCCUGCUGUUAUCAAGGCUCUCACAGGUGUUGGUGGAGCCCUCAAGAGAGUCGGUGGACGAACAGGAAAAUGCGUCGCGUUCGUCGACUCACUAAUACCCCCCACGAUUUAUUACUCGAAAGUUGGCUUGGAGUUGUCAAAGAUAGUAUUCAGAGGCCAGAAAAUGUACCCGCCGGGCCUGACCACUUUCACAGAAUUCUACCAACCUCUCCUUAAAUAUUUCCGUCAACCAAGGGCCUUGAUGUCACAGAUUUCUAAAUCUUUCAACACAGAAACUCUUCUCCGUCUCCAGAGUCUCGAUAAAAAGCAACUAGCCGUUCUUGGUGUUACGACUGCAGAGUUGAUAGGAUUUUUCUCCGUUGGCGAAAUAAUUGGCCGAUUCAAGCUUGUUGGAUAUCGGGGCGAGACUGCACAUGCGCAUUAG